CGGGCAGGUCCAGACAAGACAUGCGCUGUAGCCGCCGUCGGAGCGACCGAUCAAAACAGAAAACUUGUUUCCAAUUCCUCAAGCCGCUAAAUUUCAUCUUUGUCGGGUCAAUCACCUCUUCUUUGACUGUCUUGCCACUCUGGAUCUGGAAAUCGGAAGCGCCGACGAAAGGAAGAAAUUGUUUUUGGAGCGCAAGGACGUUUGCAGCACGGAUUAAUUAAAGCGAGAUGGUUCUUAGGAUAGUUAUCUGAUAAAAUGGGAAUGCUGCAAGUAUCAGAAGAAGAUGCUCAACUCCGAAACCGUAAAGCGAAAAAGCCCAAAAAGGAUGAAAAAGAGCUGCAGAAUAACAAAAAAAACGAAGAUAAAACGAAAGAAGAUAGUCAAGAAGUUGAGAGAGAAGCAAAGACUAAAAGAUCACAAAGAUCGCCAAUUCUGCAGCCCCAUAAUGUGACACUCCAGCCAGCAGUGUUCCGGUGCCAAAUCAACAUCAGUUUUGAUUUUGUUUCUAUCAUCUGUCUGAUCCUGGGAAUAGCCACAAGAUUUUACAAUCUUACCCAGCCACACAGUGUUGUUUUUGACGAACUGCAUUAUGGAAAGUACGUCAGCCUGUAUAUGAAACGAACAUUUUUCUUUGACUCGCAGCCACCCCUAGGCAAACAAUUAAUAGCCCUGGCUGCUUACUUAGGAGGAUACACAGGAGACUUCAAGUUUACUGCAAUUGGCGUUGCCUAUUCUGAAUCUUUUCCACUUUUUGCUGUGCGGUUCAUACCUGCUCUUUGUGGGGCCCUGCUACCUUUAAGUGUCUACCACCUGCUUUUGCAACUUGGCCUCAAACAAUUAACAGCCGCUACUGCAGCCUUUCUUAUCUUAUUUGACAACGCUUUGCUGACACAGUCUCGGUUCAUAUUAAUGGAGCCGAUGUUGCUGCUCUUCAGUGUCCUCGGCCUCUACUGCAUCCAGAAGUUUGUCCACUACCAAGAUUCACCAUACUCAUUUGCAUGGUUCUCAUGGCUCAUUAUUGGAACAUUUUUCCUUUCAGCUGCUGUCUGCAUCAAAUUUGUCGGAGCUUGUUCGAUGGCCCUUGGAAUAUACAUUGUUUGGAGAGACUUCUGGAGACUAGUUGCAAACAAGAAUCUCAACAUUUACUCACUUGUGUGCCAAGCUUUUGUCAGGGCGAUUAUUCUUUUUGUCGUCCCUGUUGCUCUCUACUUGAGUCUCUUUUAUGUUCACCUGUCAAUUCUCAACAAGGCUGGCCCUCAUGAUAGUGUAAUGACGUCUGCCUUUCAAGCUAGCUUAGAGGGUGGUCUUGCAUCCAUAACAAAAGGGCAACCUUUGCAAGUUGCUCACGGUUCACAAAUCACACUUCGGCACUCACUCGGUAGAACUUGCUGGCUGCAUUCGCAUCCUGCUGUUUACCCAGUUCGUUACCCCGACAAAAGAGGCUCAAGCCAUCAACAGCAAGUCACUUGUUACAGCUUCAAAGACGUGAACAACUGGUGGAUUGUAAAACGACCGACUCGAUCAGACUUGGCCGUCUCGAGGCCAAUCGAUGCCAUCAAAGACGGAGACAUUAUUCAACUUGUGCACGGAAUCACAAGCCGGGCCUUAAAUUCUCACGACGUGGCAGCACCAAUGUCUCCUCAAAAUCAAGAAGUUACUUGUUACAUCGAUUACAACAUUUCAAUGCCUGCUCAGAAUCUCUGGAGAGUUGAUAUUAGCAACAAAGAUCAGGUCGGCGACACUUGGCACACAAUUGAAAGCAUGGUGCGUCUCGUUCAUGUAAAUUCCUCUCAAGCGCUCAAAUUCAGUGGGAAGCAACUCCCUGACUGGGGCUAUAAUCAACAUGAAGUGGUCACAGACAGGGUAGUUCAGCAAGAUGAUACAGUUUGGAAUGUGGAGGAGCAUAGAUAUACAACAAGUGAUGAUCAAAAGGAAAGGGAGAGGGAAUUGGUGCACGCGGAAAUGAUUCCGACCCGGCCAACAACUCUGUCUUUUUGGGACAAGAUUUUAGAGCUGCACAUGAAAAUAUUCUUUGCCUCUAGUGACACCCUGCAAGACCACAUGUACUCCAGUCAACCGAUUGAGUGGCCUUUGAUGACCAAAGGAAUCGCUUACUGGGUCAACACAACUUCUAAUGCUCAAGUUCAUUUAAUAGGGAACAUAGCAAUUUGGUACUCCGGAACUGCAGCUCUUAUAAUAUACUUGGUCGUGUUUGUUUGGUACCUUUGUAGAAUGAAAAGAAAAGUUUAUGAUGUAUGCAAUGAUGAGUGGUCCCGUUUGUAUCUCAUGAUGGAGAUUGCAUUUUGCGGCUAUUGCGUAAAUAUGCUUCCCUAUUUUUGCAUGGAAAGAACUUUGUUCCUGCACCACUACAUGCCAGCGCUGCUUUUCAAAAUAAUCCUCCUCGCAGCUUUGACGGAGCAUAUUUUUUAUGUAGCAAGAACUUGUCGUUGGAAUGGAUUUGUUUACUGGCCCGUACAGAUUGCAUUUUUUACUUGGCUAGGUGCAAUUUUUUAUGUUUUUGUGGCUUUCGCACCACUUUCAUAUGGAAACAGCGCCUUCAAAAUUGAGGAACUUUUGCGGUUGAGGUGGAGGGAUACGUGGGACUUCAUAAUGCCGCGCAGUGCUCUAGAUAUUGAAAUGCUCUUUUAAAUCUUGUUUUACACUCAUAAAAAUAUUUUAUUUUAUUAUGCUGUUAAGAUAUUGAAAGUAUUAAGAAAUUUUGCAUUUUUUUUAAAUCUGGUUCCGUCUUGCUUCAGUCAUGUUAAUGUGGUGUACUUAAAUAAGUACAGAUCCCAAAACUUAUAUCAAUAUUUUAUGUGAAUCUACAAUAGAAAUUAUUUUGUUGUUUUAUGUGCAGAUAAAUUUUAUUUCUGCGCUGCUUCAAAAUCUAUAGUGAAUAUUUUGAGACAAUUUGUAUUAUUAAAUAAAAUUGAAUCUCUGGAAAUGUGGAAAUCAAAUACAA